AUGGAAGGAUCCUCAGCUGAUCCAGGUACCAAGAGUGGGGGGACCAACAGUGGGCCUGCAGUGCCUGAAAGGGAUCCUAUCAUGGAUCAACUUGAUAAUCAUCCAGAGGAAGAGCCUGGACUUAAUUUUGAGCAAGCUGUUGCUGUUCAGAUUGCCAAGGAGAGGGAAGCCAAGCGUAGACAACAACAGCGCAAAACUGAUGCUGAGGAAAUGCGUGCCCGAAAAGAGCCCAGAGAUAGUGUCAAGCUUGUAGGCCUGACCUCUGCUGUUCAAGAGUGGGCUAGGGCUUUACUUGGUCUUCCUCGUCAAUCCAGCACCCGGACAUCUCCCAACAUCUCUGCUGCUGUCCUCCUUGCACGCCACCUUCCUGACGAACCAACUCCUGAAGAGGUUGAACAGUGGGCCAACUAUUCUGACACAAGGACAAAAUAUCUAGAUGUCAACAUUCAACAAAAGAUGGACGAGCGCUUCAAAAAUAACCCCUCAGCAAAUGAAUCUGUCAAGCAUCAAAUGAGGAUUAUGGUGUCAAAAGACGCUGUUCUCAUGUUUAACCAAGCUUUUCCCCCUCCUAAAUUUAUCUCCCGAGUAGCCCAUGCUACUGCCUCAAUCACCACCUACGAUGCCACUCGCUUAGGAUGUGCUGAAGCUAAAUUUGCUGGCUGUGGCUUCUCUCGCAUCACUUUCCAAUGGACAAGUCCUCCUAAAACUCCUUGGAACAUGGCUAUGUUAGACAACUUAAUUACUAGCUGGUUAGAUUGUUACAAUGCUCGAGGUGUACCUUCCGGAUUCCCAAUCGACAGCAGCCUUAAUAUUCCCCUCAAAACUAGAGAAAUACUUUCACGCUGGGUCUCGAAUAAGCGCAGAGUCUUCCGAGAUGAGGCAAAAGAAAGGAAGUUGGUGUCUACGGAAGGAGGAAGUGACAAGCUUGUCCGACAAAAACUUACGGAGAGGGAGAAAACCGCUUUGAAAGCCAUUAGGAAGAAGCUCUGUGAAAAACGGGCUGCAGCAGUAGAGCCCUACUUUCGUCACUUCACCGGUCCACUCAAAGUCCUGCUAAACUCUCAAGAGGUUCAUUCUGAGACCGAAAUGGACCCAGAGAAGCCUGGGAAGUUUUGGAAGGUCAAGCUCAACUGGCGGACACCCCAGCUUGAUGAAUUGAUCAAACUGGCUGAUGAUGCAGCUCCCAAAAGGGAGAGCACCAAAAAACAAAAGGAUCGACUGAAAGAAUUUUUCCAGUCCAGAGGAGAAUAUUCGCCAAACGUUCCUGAUCCGGAAGAUCAACUUCCUCCCAAGACUCUUCCCAGAUGCCUCAUCAAGCCAGAAAUACUCACUGAAGGGAUAGAUGAGAUUACAAUUGACAGUUUGGAGUUGUCAGACACCACAGUUGAUCUUAAGUCGGCCAUUGAUAUUUUGAAGACAAAGCUUGGGAAAAGCAACUCCAUGGUGUUUUCUUCCUCCUGA